AAUGUCAUUGCUCCAAAUUUUUAAAUAUUUUAUUUAUUCAAAAAUAUAUAUGAUAUUGCAAGGUGCAAGGAGAUAAUAUUUCAAGUUUAUUCAUUAUUAUAAAAACAUAUUACGUGUUAUCUAAAAUGUCAAAGAUUCCUAGAGUUUUAAAACUUAGUAAUGGUUUGUCUAUACCAACAAUUGGAUUAGGUACCUAUAAAUCGGGGCCAAAUGAAGUUCAAGAGGCUGUAAAGUAUGCAGUAGGUUUAGGCUACAGGCACAUUGAUACUGCCUCAUUCUAUGGAAAUGAAAACGAAAUAGGCACUGCUUUAAAGAGUAUCUUUAAGGAAGGUAAACUAAAGAGAGAAGAUAUAUUUGUUGUUACUAAACUGUGGAACAACUACCAUGAAAAGAAACUGGUUGUACCUCAACUUAAACAAUCUCUGAAGUUGUUAGAACUGGACUAUAUUGAUUUAUAUCUUGUACAUUGGCCUUUUGGAUUCAAGGAAAGUGAACCAUUGCCAACAGGUCCUUCUGGAUAUAGUGAUGUAGAUUAUCUAGAAACUUGGGAAGGUAUGGAAGAAUGUGUCAAUUUAGGAUUAGCAAAAAGCAUCGGUAUCUCCAAUUUCAAUGAGGAACAGAUGGAGCGAUUAUUAAAACACUGCAAAAUACCACCCGUAGUUAACCAAGUGGAAGUGAAUCCUAACAACAGUCAACCAGACCUAAUCAAAUUUUGCAAAGGUAAAGGUAUUGUUAUUACUGGUUUUUGCCCUUUGGAAAGAAUAGGACUAACUAAAACCCCUAACUAUCCUGGAGCAACAGUUGAGGACCCAAGAGUAAUAGAGAUUGCCAAGAAGCAUAAUAAAACACCAGCUCAAGUGGUCUUGAGAUAUUUGCUGGAACUGGGUAUUAGUAUCAUUCCAAAAUCAGUCAGUCCCACGAGAAUAAAAGACAACUUUGCCAUUUUAGAUUUUGAUUUAUCUGCUGAUGAGUUAGAGAUAUUUAAAUCACGUAAUAAAAACGUUCGAACUUCAGCUCUAUUGGACUACAAAGACCACAAAUAUUAUCCAUUUUGACCAGAUGUUUGUAUACUGUCAUGUUUUAUUUGAGACGAAUGUAAUAUAUGUGUUUUAUUAGU